GGCACAUUGUUUCAGACCGCGCCACCUCCGGGCCAUCUUUGGUUGUUCUCGCCGGUGACAUACAGUGUGGACACUUUAUUCCACUGCUAGUAAUCUACUUAAUGAUAAAUAAACACAUUUAACCUGCUAAUAAUCCGUUUUACGCACUAAGAGAGGGACACUCAUUGGUGUUCUUUCCUGCUGGGACCCUUCACGCAAUUUCUCAGAGCAAAAAAAAAGAGGGCGAGACGGGAGAGGCGGUGAUACAACAUGGAUGAGGAAUAUGAUGUGAUCGUUUUGGGCACCGGACUCACAGAAUGCAUCCUGUCCGGGAUCAUGUCUGUGAAUGGCAAAAAGGUUCUUCACAUGGACCGGAACCCCUACUAUGGAGGCGAGAGCUCUUCCAUCACCCCUCUGGAAGAGCUUUACAAGCGCUUCAGUCUUCCAGAUAGUCCACCUGAAUCUAUGGGCAGAGGACGGGACUGGAACGUGGACCUCAUCCCUAAAUUUUUGAUGGCCAACGGUCAGCUGGUGAAGAUGUUGCUAUACACAGAAGUGACUCGAUACCUGGACUUUAAAGUAGUGGAGGGAAGCUUCGUCUACAAGGGAGGAAAGAUCUACAAAGUGCCGUCAACCGAGACUGAGGCAUUAGCUUCAAAUUUGAUGGGAAUGUUCGAGAAACGCAGGUUCCGCAAGUUUUUAGUGUUUGUGGCGAAUUUUGACGAGAAUGAACCUAAAACAUUUGAGGGCGUGGAUCCUAAGACCACGACCAUGAGGGAUGUUUACAAGAAGUUUGACCUUGGCCAGGAUGUCAUUGACUUCACCGGCCACGCCCUGGCUCUUUAUAGGACAGAUGAGUAUCUUGAUUUCCCCUGCUUGGACACCAUCAACCGAAUCAAACUGUACAGUGAGUCCCUGGCACGUUAUGGGAAGAGCCCCUAUCUCUAUCCCUUGUACGGCCUCGGAGAGCUGCCACAAGGAUUUGCAAGAUUGAGUGCCAUCUAUGGAGGUACCUACAUGCUGAACAAACCAGUGGAUGAGAUUGUGAUUGAAGGUGGUCACGUGAUCGGUGUCAAGUCUGAAGGCGAGGUAGCUCGGUGCAAGCAGCUUAUUUGCGACCCCAGCUAUAUACCAGACCGCGUCCGCAAGGCGGGUCAGGUGAUCCGCGUGAUCUGCAUCCUCAGUCAUCCCAUCAAAAACACUAACGAUGCCAACUCCUGUCAGAUCAUCAUCCCUCAGAAUCAGGUUAACCGCAACUCCGAUAUCUACGUGUGCAUGAUCUCGUAUGCACACAAUGUGGCGGCCCAGGGGAAGUACAUUGCCAUCGUCAGCACCACGGUGGAAACCAGUGAACCAGAGACUGAGAUCCAACCGGCUCUUGAGCUGCUGGAGCCUAUUGACCAAAAGUUUGUGGCUAUUAGUGACCUCUAUGAGCCCACAGAUGAUGGUACAGAGAGCCAGAUCUUCGCCUCGAGUUCCUACGACGCCACCACCCACUUUGAGACCACUUGCAACGACAUCAAGGACAUCUACAAGCGCAUGACCGGGAGCGACUUUGACUUUGAGAACAUGAAACGCAAACAGAAUGACGUGUUCGGGGAGGAUGAACAGUGAGCGGUCGGGCGGGCUUCUGAGUGAGAGGAGAGGGGGGCGUGGCCGGGAGAGGAGGCGGGGUUAUAGAGGUAAAAGAGUGGGUGGAUAGCUGAGCUUGACUGAGCAAGAAGGUUAAAACGGAGUGGAUGUUCUUCCUGCCUCCUUUUCCUUACACCCCCCUUUUCUGCUAAUACACACACACAUACACACAUGAAGUAUACAGUACACAUACUACAGUAUACACAGUACACACACAGAAAAGCAGGGUUGAUAUGGUCUUUCAUUUUAUCGUAGAAUCCGUCAUCAUGUCUUAACUAUCGUCAUUAGAGCUCAAUUUACGACUUGUCGGCCAUUUUCAAAGCAUUUCAUUUCACUUUCUGUACCAUCUUUUCUCCGAGACCUCUGUAACAGCUUAGUGUAGAAUCUUCCCGGGAGGCUCCGCCCUCCAGGUCACAUGCAUGCAUCGUAUACACGCUAGUAUUGUACAUAUACUCAUACAACAUGGCGGUAUGGAGUGCCGGAGCGCGGCUCCUGUGUCAGCCCUGCUUUACCUUGUACUUCACUCGACUCCUUUUUUUUUCGGCAAAACGUGAUGACGAGUUCAACUGAUGUGCUAACCUUGCAAUGCUGUCGUGUUCCCCCGUGCUAGCGGGCAAGCUAACCAGUGGCUAUUAUCCGUCAACCGCCCACUUUAUACCGUACGAAGAAGAAGCUCCCGUUAACGUGUGACGUCACUUUUAACGUUUUAGUAGUUUUAACAUUUUAAAUGAUUCCAGAGUUUUUUUUUUAUGUCUUUGCAUUUUGGUGCACGAUUACCUGGCUGAAGUUAUGACGUUUAAGAGCCGAGGUUAAAACCGAGUGAGCGUAUGAGGACAGUUGGAGAAGCAAACAAGGGGUUAGGUGUUUUAUUCAUUCAAAGUGUUGUGAUGUGAGGAAGUUGACGUUGACGUUGAAGAAGGUUUUUUGGGCUUUGACGUUAGGAAAGUUCGAGUGGACGAGGCGAUGACUGAAAUUUUGGCUCACAGUGAAAGCGGUGCAUUGUGUUCCCGGUUGUUCCAACCCUUUGACCAACCAUUGAAAUUAAAAAAAAAAAAAAAAACUCAAUAGUUGGAUGCUUCUAUAAAGACCAAGCAGGAGAAAUGGCGCCUCAUAAUGAUAAACCAACAUAUUAGUAUUUGGUUGAAGCCUUAAUUUGGGAUUUUUUUCAUAUCUUUGGGCCUUUUGGAAGACUCAUAAUUGUGGCAGAGCUUUGCUAAAAAUGGUUAAAAGCAUCCCGAAAAAAACAUGAUGGCGGGGCCCUCUGCUCAUAUGUAGCUCAUCACAUCAACACCAUCAUUUAUUGGGGUGUAUAUGACUUAUUAUUAUGCUCUAUUUAUUUCCAUUUCACUGACGUGGAAGCUUUAUGUCAGAUGUUAAAGAUGCUACGCUAUGCUAAGCAAUGCACAAACACAUUUUUUUUUUGUUUAUUUGUUUGUUUAUUUGCAGUGUCAUAUGUUUUGGGGUAUCUUCUCAAACGGAUCAUUCCAGUGUUGUGUCACUGGAAAAUACAAGCUGGUAAUAACUGGAAUACUCUUUUCAUGUGCUCCUUCCUCAGUACCACAUGCAGUACUCUUUACAUCGACUGCUUUUAUUUAUUGAAAACAAAAAGCCCUGCGAGUGGUUGUACUGUUUUAAUUCUCAUCGUUUGGCUUUUGAGAGCCAUUAUUGACGAUACCUUGGAAUUGACUAAAAUAAAAAAAAAUAGGCUGAGUAGUAGAAAACUUACUGUCCUUGUUUGAUCACUAGUAUGUGAACAAUGCCUAAUGUCUUGUGUAACAAAUACAUUGAAUUAAACUAUGAAUGAAAUGAUAGAAAAAUAAAAAAAAAAAGCACAUGGCGAAUCUGGGAAAAGUGUCUGUGA